AUGUUCCUGUUGCUUGAGAAAUUUGGUUCUAUUCACCUCUCUCUCUCUUUCUCUCUCUCUCUCUCUCUCUAUCUCUCCUUCUCUUUCUCCUUUUCUCUCUGUUUCUGUCUGUUUCUUUCUAUUUUUAUACCUGCUUCUCUCUCUCUCUCUCUCUUUCUGUCUUGCUCUCUAUUCGUCUCUCUUUCUGUCUGUUUCUUUCCCUCUCUUUCUGUUUCUAUUCUGGUUUCUCCCUCCUUUUCUGUUUUUGUCUCUUUUUUCUUCCCCCUCUCUCUCUUUCUGUUUCUUCCUAUUUUUCUCCCUGUUUCUCUCUCAUUUUUUUCUGCCUUGCUCUCUCCCUUUCUGUUUCUUUGCCUCUCUUUCUGUUUUUCUUACUGUUUCUCCCUCUCUCUUUUUCUGUUUUUCUUUGUUUUCCUCUUUCUGUUUUUUCCCUCUCUUUCUGUUUUUAUACCUGCUUCUCUCUCUCUCUCUCUCUCUCUUUCUGUUUUGUUCUCUUUUUCAGUUUCUUUCCCUCUUUCUGUUUUCUCUCUCUCCCUGUUCCUGUUUUUCUCUCCCUCUUUCUUUUUCUCUGUCUCUCUCUCUUUUUAUUUAUUUCUAUUUUUCUCCCUGUUCUCUCCUUUUCUGUUUUGCUCUCUCUUUUUCUCUUUUCAUUUCUUUCCCUCUCUUUCUAUUUUCUCCUUGUUCCUCUCUCUCUUUUCUGUUUCUUCCUCUCUUUCUAUUCCUGUCUCUCUCUCUUUGUUUCUUUCUUUCUCUUUCUGUUUUUCUCCCUGUUUCUCUCUCUCUUUUUGUUUCUCCUAUGCUUUUCUCUUUCUUUUUUUUCUUUGUUUCCUUCUCUUUGACCUUUUGCUUUCUUUCCCUUAA